AUGCCUGAAAAUUCCGACUGGCUUCCGUUGGUCUAUCUGAGCGGUGCCUUCUCAGACUUGACGAUCACUUGCGCAACUGAAAGAUUUCAGGUGCAUAAAGUCGUUGUCUGCUCUCAAUCAUCAUUCUUCAACACAGCAUGCAGCAAGCCGUGGGCGGAGUCUGAACACCCCACGGUCGACCUGGCAGAAGACAACGUUGAGAUUGUGAAAAGAAUGAUCGAAUUCUGUUAUCGAACCGACUAUGCAGAUUUCGAAGUUGAGAAAUUCACACGACACGCCGAAGUCUACGCGAUCGCGGUCAAGUACGACAUUGCGAAGCUCCGUAAGAAGGCGAUGGAAAGUUCUGGGAAGCAAACAACAAGUGCUGGGACCCUGAGGCCUUCUUGA